GUGUACCUGCUCAUGUCUCGGUGUUUGUCUUUCAGGUGAUGGACAGCUCCCUGACUGAGCUGCGCUGUGUGAUCAGAGACCCAACUAAAGCUCAGAGGAUCACAGCUCACCUGGAGAGCUUCCUGAGCAGCUAUCACAAGUGUGUGGAGGAGUUCAUGAAGGGAACACACAGUAACAUCUGCUCGGUGGUCAAAGCUCACCUGGUCUGUGAGCAGCAGUUCAGGGAUUACAUCACAGAUCAAACAGGAAGUCUGUCGGAGCAGCAGAGACGUCGCUGUCUGGACGCCCUGUCAGCCCUGAAGGAUUGUGGGUACAGGUGCCUCACCUGUCCAAUUCACACCCAGCUGAAGGUGUGUCUCAAUCACCUGUGGACGGCAGCCUGGUUGGAGGGGUCACUUCCUGUUGUGGACUCUCUGCUGGACUCUUUGAACCAGCAACUGACCGACCUGGCAGACCUGAAACCCACCUGCAGGCAGUCCCUGCUGUGUGUCCUCCAUGAGGACGUGGUCCUAAAGUAUGUGAAGAGGAUGAUGAAGACGAGGGUGAAGAGCAGAGAGCAGCAGGUGGGUGGAGCUCAGAGGAUCACUGAAGACGCCCAGAAGAUCAAUGACUUCUUCAGCCAGGGGGGCUGCAGUGAGUCUCUGUGGCUCGGUCAGAUGCUCUGCAGGGUCGCUGAGGUUCUCUGUCUGCAGGAUCCUGGAAGUAUUCAGCUGGAGCUUGUCAGUCUGGCCAGAACCUUCCCCGACCUCAG